AAAAUGGCGUCACCCAGGUAGCGGGUCUCUUGUAUCAGAACUCUGUUCUCUCCGGCCAGCAAUCGCGCGCUCAUCCUCUGUGUCCGGCUUCCCUCCACUCCCUGCUUCCACACUGUCCCUGAGCAAGCUGUCAGGUUGCCAGGCAGCUCCUCCCUCCUGAAUUUUAUCUCAGACGCGGCUGUUUCCCGCCGGUCACUUCUGAGGGACUGCGGCUUUGUCCCCGCUCAGACCUUCUGCGGGAGGGUCUCACCUGCCGGCCGCCCCGGGAACGUUCUCCAGACUGUGCUGCUGCCAACGACCAUAGACCGCAGCCCGGUGCCAGCCCGCCCCAGAAAAAGUUCAUGCGGGCGUGUAGCAGCAGCAUUUCGGGGAUUCUGGAAAAUCACAACUCACAUCUGGCGCCAGGCUUCACCCCCCAACGCCUUGUUCCAGCACCAGCGAAUGUGGUUGUUUUCCAGGAUCCGCUGAGACCUUUGCCCUUUGGGAUUCCUCCCAGAAGGGGAACCGCCUCCCGUGUGGCCCGAGGACCUCGCUCGCUCUCUGCGCCUGGGGAUUCGCCCCUCCCAUCAGAGCUCCACCAGAUACCCAGGAGCGGAAUCACUGGAUCAUAUGAGCCUACCCCUUCUCAUCAGCCCUCAGUCUUCUCCACUCACCACCCCAGCCAUGACCAGCAGCUGCGAGGAAAGGUACUCAAUGUCUGCCACCAAAGUGCGGGGGAGCCGGUCACCUGGGCAGGAACCACAAACCUUCUGACUGUCCAGCUCCGAACCUGGCUCCGGGCACUCUUCACUUGGUGGCACAUUUGGACAGCGCCUGCAAUGCACAACUGUGUGCUUAUGACAGUUCUGGAAUCUUUAGGUGGCACAGAUAUCCUCAACAACGGGCAGUGGUUUUCUGACACGUGGAGUAAGAGAUUUGGCAAAGGAAAGGCCAUGUGGAAGGCUCUGGAAACACGUCUCCCUACCGAAAUAGUGGAACGAAGGGAAGGCAUAGACGGGCCUUGGAGAAGCAGGCUCUUGUGUGUCAGGUCAUUCCAGUUUCCACUUCUACUCCAUCUGAAGACCCAUAGAAAAAACCCACCAAUCCCCUUGGCACCUGCUGUGCAGCUCCUGAUUGGGCUGAGUGUGGGACCCAGGACCCGAGCUCAGGCAGGGACCCUCCCCACACCCUCCAUCUGGGCUGAGCCAGGCUCUGUGGUCCCUUGGGAUAGUGCUGUGACCAUUUGGUGUCAGGGGACCCUGGAGGCCGUGGAGUUCUAUCUGAAUAAAGACGGACACCCAGUGCCCUGGGACAGACAGAAGCCACUGGAGCCUGGGAACAAAGCCAAGUUCUCCAUCAUAUACAUGACAGAGCAGUAUGCAGGCCGAUAUCACUGUUCCUAUCGGAGCCCCGCUGGAUUGUCAGAGCGCAGUGACCCCCUGGAGCUGGUGGUGACAGGUUUCCAGGCCAAACCCACUCUCUCAGCCCUGCCCAACCCCAUGGUGACCUCAGGAGGGAAGGUGACCCUCCAGUGCACCUCACGGACAGGAUUCCAUAGGUUCGUCCUGAUGAAGGAAGGAGAACCCAGACCCGCCUGGACACUGGACUCCCAGCAACCCACCAGUGGACAGUUCCAGGCCCUGUUUCCUGUGGGCCCUGUGACCCCCAGCGCCAGGUGGACGUUCAGAUGCCAUGGCUAUUUCAACAACACUCCCCAGGUGUGGUCACACCCCAGUGACCCCCUAGAACUGCUGGUCUCAGGUAUGUCCAGGAAGCCUUCCCUCCUGACCCAGCAGAGCCCCGUUGUGACCCCUGGACAGAGGCUGACCCUCCAGUGUCGCUCUGACGUCGGCUAUGACAGAUUCGCUCUAUACAAGGAGGCGGCACGUGACCUUCCCCAGCACCUUAGCCUGCAGCCCCAGGCUGGGCUCUCGGGGGCCGACUUCCCCCUGGGCCCAGUGAGCGGCUCCCACGGGGGCCGGUACACAUGCUAUGGUGGACACAACCUCUCCUCCGAGUGGUCGGCCCCCAGUGACCCCCUGGACAUCCUGGUCACAGGACAGCUCCCCUCCACACCCUCCCUCUCAGUGCAGCCAGGACCCACGGUGGCCUCAGGAGAGAACGUGAUCCUGCUGUGUCAGUCCUGGAGCUUUGUGGACACUUUCCUUCUGUCCAAGGAGGGGGCAGCCGACCCUCCCCUGCGUCUUAGAUCAAAGUACCGAGCUGGGCAUUACCAGGCCAAAUUCUCCAUGAGUCCUGUGACCUCAGCCCAGGGGGGGACCUACAGGUGCUACGGCUCAUACAGCACCUUCCCCUACCUGUUGUCACACCCCAGUGACCCCCUGGAGCUCCAGGUCUCAGGAUCCUCUGGAGAGUCCAGCCCCCCAGCCACAGAUCCCAGCUCAACAGCUGGUCCCAACCGGUACCUGUACGUCCUCAUCGGGGCCGCGGGGGCCUUCGUCCUGCUGCUCUGCCUCCUCGUCGUCCUCCUCGUCCGUCGCCGGCGUCAGGGCAAAGGCAGGAAGCCGGGGGCCGCAGACCCAGAGCCCCAGGACAGAGGCCUGCAGGACAGCUCCGGGCCAGCUGCCGCCACCCAGGAGGAGACCCUCUCAGAUGCCGCCGUGCAAGACGCACAGCCCGAGGAGGGGGUGGAGCUGGACCAGCGGCAGGACGCGGAGAAUGGAGACCCCCAAGGAACGACGUAUGCCCAGGUGAGCCACUCAAGAUCAAGACUCAGUCGGGGACCGGCCACUUCUCCUUCCCCCCUGUGGGGGGGAUUGCCGGACACAGAAGACAAACAAGCAGAGGAAGACAGGCAGAUGGACAGUCAGGUGGGUCCUCUCUUCUCCAGGCUCCCAGGCUCGCCCCACCCCAACCACACACCUCCCCUCUCCCUCCGCCCACUGCAGGCUGCCGCAUCUGACGCCCCCCCAGAUGUGACCUACGCCCAGCUGAACCGCUUGACGCUCAGACGGGAGACGAGUGCACCCCAUUCCUCCCAAGCCGGGGAGCCUCCAGCAGAGCCCAGCGUGUAUGCUGCUCUGGCCAUCCGCUAGCCCAGGAAGGGCCCACAGCCCACACUCCAGGGAGGGGACCGUGGGGGCCCCAGGAGGCGCAGGAGCUGCCCACAGAGGCCGCCUAAUGGCCCCAGCCAGCUUGGACUCCUAACAUAGACCAGUAAGAACUCCUGGGACCCUCUGGGAGUGACCGGAUUCUGCCAUCAAAGAUAGCUAGAGUCCCUACAUUUUGGAAAAAAAGCAACAGACUUCUCGAUAAUCCGUGAGCGAAAUGAGAAACCCAAAAUGGAAAUGGGAAAAUGCUUACGCUGAAUGAUAAUGCAAACGUUACACAUCAGACCUAUGGCGCAGGAAAGUUAACAACCAGGAAUGAAUAUAUUAGAAAAAAAAAAAGCC